CAUAUACAGGUUUAAUUCCCCGAGUGAUCAUACUGAGAUAUAUAUAUAUAUAUAUAUAUAUUACACAGUCAUGACGGUCAACAUGACCACCAUCAAAACGUCGUCGGAUGGAGCUUGGCAGGGCGAUAACCCUUUGAACUAUGCUUUCCCAUUGUUGAUUGUUCAAACCACCCUCGUCCUCUCCGUGAGCCGCUUCUUCACCUUCCUCCUCAAACCCCUUCGUCAACCUAAAGUCGUUGCCGAGAUUCUUGGUGGGAUUUUGCUUGGACCCUCGGCUAUUGGCCGCAACAAAGAUUUCAUGCAUCUCGUCUUCCCGUCAUGGAGUACUCCGAUACUUGAAUCAGUCGCAAGCAUUGGCCUCCUCUUCUUUCUAUUUCUGGUGGGCCUGGAGCUUGACCUCCGCUGCAUCCGCCGCAGCGGCAAGCAAGCUUUGAGCAUCGCCGUUGCCGGAAUAUUCCUCCCCUUCCUUUUCGGAGUGGGAGUCACCUUUCUCCUCCAGAAAGUCAUCCAUUUCAACGGCUACAUCCAGCACCUCAUGUUCAUGGGCGUCUCCCUCUCCAUCACCGCCUUCCCUGUUCUCGCUCGCAUUCUAGCGGAGCUCAAGCUCCUAACAACCCAAGUGGGUGAAACGGCCAUGGCAGCCGCGGCCUUCAACGAUGUUGCCGCCUGGAUCUUGCUGGCCCUCGCGGUAGCUCUAGCCGGUGGAGGCCAUAAAAGCCCGUUGAUAUCAAUCUGGGUCCUCAUCUCCGGCGCGGCCUUCGUCAUCUUCAUGCUACUCGUCGUCCGGCCCAUGAUGGGCUGGGUGGCCCGCCAGUGUUCACGGGAACACGAUGUCCUGGACGAAGCCUGUAUAUGUUUAACUCUUGGAGGAGUGUUGCUUUCAGGAUUCAUGACUGAUCUCAUAGGGAUACACUCAAUAUUCGGGGGCUUUGUGUUCGGGCUUACAAUACCAAAAGGAGGAGAAUUUGCAGGGAGGUUGACAAAGAGGAUUGAGGAUUUUGUGUCGAGCUUGCUGCUUCCGCUGUACUUUGCGUCGAGCGGGUUGAAGACUGAUGUGGGGAAGAUGAAGACUGUGGAGGCGUGGGGGCUAUUGUCGGUGAUCAUAUUGACGGCGAGUGCAGGGAAGAUUUUUGGGACCUUUUUGGUGUGUAUGAUGUGUAUGAUUCCGGCGAGGGAAUCUUUGGCUCUUGGAGUGUUGAUGAACACCAAAGGCUUGGUGGAGCUCAUCGUUCUCAACAUUGGCAAGGAAAAGAAGGUCCUUAACGACGAAAUGUUCACCAUCCUGGUGCUCAUGGCUCUUUUCACAACCUUCAUGACGACCCCGACCGUAAUGGCCAUAUAUAAACCCGCACGAGCAGUUGCUUCUCAGAUCAGCCACCGCCACAAGGCUCGCCAACUGCCACCUCUCUCCGACAUGCAAGAGGACCUUCGGAUUCUCGCAUGUAUCCAUGGACCAGGUAACAUACCCUCCCUCAUCAACUUCAUCGAAACAAUCCGAGCCACCAGUAGAUCCCAGCUCAAACUCUACGUCAUGCAUCUCGUCGAACUCACCGAUCGCUCUUCCUCCAUCCUCAUGGUUCAACGCACCCGAAAAAACGGUUUCCCCCUCAUCAACCGGUUCCGACGAGGACCAAUGCACGACCAGAUUGCGAGCGCGUUUCAGGCACAUGGUCAAGUAGGUCAAAUCACCGUGCAUCACUUGACAGCCGUCUCUGCAUUAUCAACCAUGCACGAGGACAUUUGCCACAUCGCAAAAGCGAAAAGGAUUGCCUUCGUUAUAUUGCCCUUCCACAUGCGUUGGAGAGGAGACGAUGAGGAUGCAAUAGAGAACAUAGGACAGGGAUGGAGAGAAGUGAAUCAGAGAGUGCUUCAGUACUCACCAUGCCCUGUUUCAGUUCUGGUCCACCGUUGCGGGUUGCGUUGUCGGCCGGAGCAAGCAACACAGGCCGGUACCACUGGGGCCGUCAAGAGGGUGUGCAUAGUCUUCACCGGCGGACCAGAUGGUCGGAAGGCUCUAGAGCUGGGAAGUCGAAUGUUAGAGCACCUAUUAAUAAGACUCAUUGUUGUGAGGUUCGUUGGUGAUCACAGAUCAAAAGCAUCCAAUUCCAUUGCGGAAACAGAGAAGGAGCUGGAUGACGCGGCCAUGGCCGACUUCAGAGCUAAGUGGCAUGAGAGAGUGGAAGUCAUACAGAAGAACGAAAGCAACAUGACAGAAGAGGUGCUGGCAAUAGGGAAGGGAAUGGAGUACGAGCUACUAAUAGUGGGUAAGAGUCAACAAUGCGUGGGAUCAACCAUGGAGGCUAAGUUAGAAGAUUCACAGAUGGAGCACGCGGAGUUGGGACCCAUUGGAGGUCUCUUGUCUUCUGUGGAUCAGGGCAUUACAUGCUCAGUGUUAGUCGUGCAGGACCAAGAUUUCGCAGAUUCAAACGAGACUAACUUCAAAAAAGUAGAUAGAGAGAGGAGAUCCGUGAUUACAGAAGCGAUUACAACCAUCGAGUCAUCUGUUUAGAUAUAUAGUGUGUGUGUGUGUUUGUAGACAAAUAAACUCCUACCUGGAGAUUUAAUUUCUAUAAUCUAUGUAUUAGUUUCACGAA